AUGGAUGUAGAAGCAUUGAGGAGAAGUAGAGAGAUCUAUGUGGACGAAAUGAACAAGGUCACCGACGAAAUGAACGAGUUUAUCAGGAUAAACCUGCAUGAAAUAAGAGAUUUAUUGACUGUGUGUGCUGCUAAACCCGAGAGUGUAGGCAUAGAUGAGCUCAGAGCGUUUGUAGAGCAUAGAAUAAAUGAAUACAUUCGGCUGAUGGAUGCAAGGAAAAAAGAUGCUAUUAUGUGUUUGGCACAUGGAAAGACCAGCAAGGACACAACUGAUGCAAUAAUAACAGCCGAUUAUUGCUACAGAAGGUUAAUGUAUGGAGAAGAGCCGGCCAAUCGGCGGGGCAAUCGAAGAAAUAGCAGAGAAUAUAAUGCAGAAGAAGAAAGAUUGGAUGCUUUUGUAAACAUAAUAACAGGAAUGAUAACAAUAAGAUAUGCGAACAGCCACGAAUCAGUGGUUGAUAGUGGAUCAAUCAGUUGCGAUUACCAUGCACUGCAAGACCUGUUUUCAAACGACUUCCGAUUGAGCAUAAGCAAGAAGCAAAUGAAUGUUGAGAUGCUUAAUAUGAAAGUUGAGAUGGGAAUUGAAGCAUUUAAAAUUGCUGUUGAGUCUCCAGAGGAUAGCCUGUGUAAGCUGGUGUCAUACAAAGCCUGCAAAGAGCACGGUAUUCCUAUUCUUGUAUCAAGUGAUGACACAAUUGAUAUGAUCGAUGAUGAGCUUGGGCAUUUGCACAGCAGAGUCCAGCAGCAGGUAAAUGACGUGAUUGUAAUGCAUAUCACAGAUGCAUCGAAGGCAUGCUUGAUAAACUAUCUCUUAGUCAUACUAAUAGGUAUUUCAAGAAAAGUUGAUCUGAGCUACUUCAACGACAAGAAGGAAAUGUACAUGCUGUGCUGGGUAUACGAAUGCUCAGAAUAA